GAAGCAGCACGGGUGCGGAAGCCGGCAGCCUUGCGUAGUGGGCUGUGUGCAGAGGCUGUUCGCACGCACCCGCCAUGGCCGUGCCCAGCGCCUUCUUCACACCCAUUAUCCUCUUCCUCUGCCGGCUGGGACCCUACCUUGCUGCUGCUCACAGCCCCCCAGGGGUGGAGUGUGUCCUUUUCAAUGAGGAGUACAUGACCUGCACGUGGGGGAGCAGAGAGACGCUCACAACCAACUACUCCCUCUACUACUGGUAUGAGAACAGGUCCCCCGUGGUGGAGUGCAGGCACUACCUCCAGGACCAGGGCAUCAGCAUCGGCUGCCACUUCAACCAGAGCGAGAUCAUCCAGUUCCAGCCUUUCCAUGUCCUCAUCAAUGCCAGCCUUGGUGGCAAGACCGUGGAGAUCCGCAGUGAGCGCAUGGAGCUGCAGGACCUGGUGAAACCAGAGGCUCCUGUCAACCUGACCAUCCGCAACGUGAGCAGCAACCAGCUGCAGCUGACCUGGACCUCUCCAUACCCCAAAUCCCAGUGCCUGGAGCAUGCUGUCAAGUACAAGAGCAACAAGGACACCAGCUGGACGGAGCACCAGGUGAAAGGAGAUGUCUUCUCCUUCCCCAGCGUGGACUAUGAAAAGUAUUACACCUUCUACGUACGCAGCAAGAUCAACAGCUACUGUGGAAGCACCCAGCUCUGGAGCGAGUGGAGUGUCCCUGUGGUCUGGGGCAGCAAGAACACAACGGAGGAGCAGCUGCAGCACUGGUUCUGGAUCCACACGGUCUUGAUCCCCGUUGCCUCCUGCCUGCUCUUGCUGGUCCUUAUUGUCCUGCUGGUGCGCAUGGAAAGGGUGUGGGUCAUCCUCAUGCCCCGAAUCCCCAAUCCCAGCAAGAACUUCGAUGAGCUCUUCAUCACCCACAAUGGUAACUUCCAGGAAUGGGCCGGAGUCCCCAAAGAUGUUGUGGAGAGCUUCAAGCCCAACUACAGUGAGAACAUCUGCUACGUGAGCGAGCUACCCCCCAAGGACAGCUAUGAGCCCCUCUGGGAGAACAGCAACCACCCACCACCUGUGACAGCUGGGACCCUGGCCGCCCCCCGUGAGCACAGCCCAUACAAGAACAGCUAUGUGGGAGUGUGAUGCGCUCAUGCACUCCUGCACACUGCAUGCUCCGCACCUCCACUACCCAAAACCUCACUGCCCCCCAGGCCUUGCUUCCCACUCCCACCCUGCCUCAAUCAAAUGCCCAAAGACCCUCAGCUCUGCUCCCUGCCACGACCACCCUCAGUCCCCCAUGACAUGGCGGCUGUACUGCAGGGUGCUGGGUGAGCAUGGUGUGCUGGGUACACUGGGCAGUGCAAUGGGUGCACCGGGCAGUGCAAUGGGUGCACUGCACGGUGCACGGGGUGCAGCACAUACACCCCGAGUGCACUAUUUGUUGCACUGUGCGCUCCGUGUGCAUUGAGUGCAACGGGUGCUGCUCUGGGUCUGUUGGACCAUCCUGGGUGCACUGCACAGUGUGCCAGCACCUGCCCUGUCCUUGGGGUGUCCAGAAGGGCAGGGUGACAUCCGACCACAAGUCCUGCCACAUGCAGGGUCCUUCGCAGGGUUGCUGUGGUGGAGCAGAGCCGUGGGAGGGCUGACGAGCUCCCACACCGCUCUCCUGUGGGCCCCCGCACUGGGUGUGCAUUGGAGCUGCUGGGGACUUGUCCAUCCUCCCUCCCUACUGCAACAUGCCCACAAUCACACCCAGGGACAUGUCCUGGCAAGGGGGCAUCUGCGGCUGAGCGGGCAGGAGCCACCUGACUGACAGGGGCUCUGGGGCUGAGGCGUGCCAAGGGCCAGAGGGGCCAAGCCACCGUGUCACCCCCAGCCCUGGGGGCUGCUGCCUCCAGAGCACCGAGCAAGCCCAGCUGUCCCCCCAGGGCUUCACCCCUCCUUCGCCUGCACCCCGGGUUUCCUGCUGCAAUAAAGCUCUGCUGCACUG